CAAAAAGAAAUUGCUGUUGAAGUUUGCCAAAAAGCCAGAGAGGAACAUGAGCUUCAGUUUAUCAAGGAAAGGACUAUUGGUUACAUAAGACACCCCUUUCUGUUGCCGUUAUUUGCAGUUGCUGCAACACCGGAAAAAAUCUAUUUGAUGUAUCCAUAUAAUAUGGAAAGGAGAGACUUGGAUCAUGUAUUAAAAAAUGAAAGCUCUAAACUUGAACGGCAUCACAGGUGCCGCAUUAUGUACCAAGUGUGUGGAGGCCUGCAAUAUCUUCAUUCACCAAUUGAAAGGGAGAAUGUCACAAUUAGGAAUUCUAUCCUCCACAUGAAUAUCAAGCCCAGCAACAUUUUGUUGGAUCAGGAUUGGAAUGCUCGCCUUAGAUUUCAUGGCCCCACUGCAGAGGUUACAUCUGUUGAUCACAGCGAUCAGAUUUACCAAGAUCCAGAUUUCCUUUCCUCUCAGGGAAAAUACCGCAAGGAAUAUGAUGUUUUCAGUGUUGGAGUGGUGAUGUGGAGGUUGAUGGGAGCAGAAGAAGAGUUUUUGAAGGAGUUCAGGACUGAAGAUGGAAAAUUUCAAGUUCAUGUGGACGAGGUUACCAAAAAGUGCCUCACUGAAAUUUGUCAAAAGCACUGCCUCACUGGGCUGAAUGGAACAAGAAAGUAUAUUUCCACUCAUGCUAACUGA